AUGCUUCCUGGAUAUCCUUAUCCAUUCAACUAGCCAUAACUUCAGAGAUUAUAUACAUAAUUUAUAAUUAAUCAAGACAUUGUGGAAGACCUUGUAAUCUAAUAUCCAUUGUAUCCUCGAUUAAAGAUCAGAAUGAUAGGAUAAAUGGAUGUAAUAAAUUUAGUGAUAGCAUGCUUCCAUUCUUAUAGCACAUCAUAUUCUGGAAGGCCAUUCAUUUCAUUUGUGACGUCAAAAAUUAAGUUGUUAAAAUUAGAGCUCAAAAUAAUACAGAAAUCUAAUACCCAAAUUAUGGUAACAUAAUUCUUAUAAAUGAAGUCCAAAGAGCAUUCGAUAAAUCAAUCUUUGUUCAAAUUGAUGUCAUAAUUUUAACCUGAUUGCCAGUAUUUGUUUAAUUCUUGA